UAAUUUUGUAUUAAAAAUUAGAAGUACUUAUUUGUCAGUAUACUAUGUAUAUGAAAGUUUAGUUAUUUAUUGUAACGUAUAAGCAGCUACGAAUGGUUGGCGUGACAUAGGUGCAGUCAUCGUACCUUGUACACAAUCUAUGACAUUUCUUCUAAAUUUAUUUUUAUUUUCAAAAAUGGAUACAAUCAAGGGGACAAAACAGAGCAUCAAAGAUAUCGAAAAUAAAUUACUCGAACAACGUAAAAAUACAUUAAUAACGAGAGAAAAGAUAGGACAUAUGUCAAGUGAAGUGGUUGAUUCAAAUCCAUACAGCCGAUUAAUGGCAUUAAAACGUAUGGGCAUAGUGGAUAAUUAUGAAAGGAUACAAGAGCUAACAAUUGCUAUAGUUGGUGUAGGUGGAGUUGGUAGUGUGACUGCAGAAAUGUUAACAAGAUGUGGAAUUGGCAAGUUAAUUCUAUUUGACUAUGAUAAAGUAGAAAUGGCAAAUAUGAAUAGACUUUUCUUUCAACCAUAUCAAGCUGGUCAAAGUAAAGUAGAAGCUGCAGCAAAAACAUUACAUUAUAUAAAUCCUGAUGUUAAAAUUGAAAUCCACAAUUAUAACAUUACUACAAUGGAUCAUUUUGAAGAUUACAUGAACACCAUAAGCACUGCAAGUUUAAACAAAGGACCUGUAGAUUUAGUAUUAAGUUGUGUGGAUAAUUUUGAAGCACGAAUGGCAAUUAAUACUGCUUGUAAUGAACUCAAUCAGAAGUGGUUUGAAAGUGGAGUUUCUGAAAAUGCUGUUUCUGGUCAUAUUCAAUUUAUUAUUCCUGGAGAAACUGCUUGUUUUGCUUGUGCUCCUCCAUUGGUAGUAGCAGAAAACAUAGAUGAAAAAACAUUAAAACGAGAUGGCGUUUGUGCAGCAUCUUUACCAACAACUAUGGGAAUUGUAGCAGGAUUUUUAGUUCAAAACACGUUAAAGUAUCUUUUAAACUUUGGAGAUGUGUCGUACUAUUUGGGUUAUAAUGCCAUGCAAGAUUUUUUCCCUAAAAUGACAUUAAGACCAAACCCAAAUUGUGAAGAUAGUUACUGCAGAAAACGUCAGCAAGAAUAUGCAUUAAAACCAAAACCAGAACAAAAGACAGAAGAAAUAGUUGAAGAUAAGCCGCUACAUGAAGAUAAUGAGUGGGGAAUUUGUCUUGUCGACGAACGAGAUCAACAAACGGAUGAAAAUGAAUAUUUAUCGUCAAUAUCUACGAAAAGAGCAUAUAGCGUACCGUCGCCCGCAACUGAUUCACAAGACAAUCAAAUUCCGUCCGAGUCUGAUGCUAGUUUAGAGGAAUUAAUGGCACAGAUGAAAUCUAUUUAA